AUGAGACGACUCCAGAGACCAGGUCCAGAGGGGGUGGAAGGCUGUUGGGUCGUGUUGUUUCGCCGCUCGUCCCAAAACCAACCAAUAGAGGUGGGUCAGGACCCGAGUUCGUUCGAGUAUCCCAGGCCAGGGUACCCCAGGUUUUCCGGGUCCGAACGUUCAGGUCACUGGCGACCUCUCUUGGAAGGCGGGAAGAGGCGAUGCGCCGCGUUGGCCGAGGUCAACUUGUCCAUGGACGCCAGCAACCUCAAGGAAGAGGUGGUGACCCAGCGACUCCAACAGCACGCGGAUGCCUUUCGGGACUCCUCCUUCGACAAUGUGAAAAAGGAAACCGACAUCCUCACCGGACAACGGAGGCAGCGCUUGGACGCUGCUGCCUUGGAGCGGGACGAGCGGACCUUCAUCGAGCGCAUCGAAGGGCUGGUGGGCAACAAGUCAACUCCAGCCAUCCGCCAGCUCCGGCCCACACUGAAGAAGACCAAGAGCAUGCCGAAGUUGCUGGGUCAGCGCGUGCCGGACUCGAAACCGAAGCUGGCGGGCAAGCCCACGGCGGUCCUGGAACAGAUCUCCCGGCAGAUGGCUCAAGAGGUGAGGGCGGAGACGCUGGAAAUCAACAUGGAGGUGGAGAAAGUUACUUGGACUCAGGUCUCAGCGGGGAACCUGCUGGGAGGUUUGGGUUGA